UUUAAUUUUAGACAUAACGGGCGGACCCCACCAGAUGACUCAAACCACAAACACAGAGACACAAACUCUCUCAUCUCUCUCUCUCUCUCUCUGGGAAGAUAAUAGUCUCCAUCUCCAAUCUCCAUGAAGCUUACUGCUUCUGGGUGAUUAUCUGAAAGUUAGGUUUUUUGCUCUGUUUCGAUGGAUACUCUUUUGAGAACACCCAACAAGCUCGAAUUUUUCAUCCCUCAGUUUCAUGGGUUUGAGAGAUUAAGCAGUAACGGUCCAAACCCUUCAAGGGUUAAGCUUGGUCUCAAGAAAAGGGCAAUCAAAAGCGUUAGCAGUAGUACAAGUAGUGCUCUGUUAGAUCUUGUUCCUGAAACCAAGAAGGAGAAUCUCGACUUUGAUCUCCCCUUAUACGACACUUCCCUCAACAAACUCGUCGACCUAGCCAUCGUCGGCGGCGGUCCCGCUGGUUUAGCCGUGGCUCAGCAGGUCUCCGAGGCUGGACUCUCCGUCUGCUCCAUCGACCCUUCUCCCAAGCUCAUCUGGCCUAACAACUACGGAGUCUGGGUCGACGAGUUCGAAGCCAUGGACUUGCUCGACUGCCUCGACACCACUUGGUCCGGCGCCGUCGUCUACAUCAACGACGGCGCCGAGAAGGAUCUGAGCAGGCCUUACGGGAGAGUCAACCGUAAACAGCUCAAAUCCAAGAUGCUUCAGAAAUGCAUCGCCAACGGCGUUAGGUUUCAUCAGGCCAAGGUCACUGACGUUGUUCAUGAGGAGAUUAACUCCACUGUGGUGUGCAGUGACGGUGUGAAGAUUCAGGCUUCUGUUGUUCUUGACGCUACUGGGUUUUCAAGAUGCUUGGUGAAGUAUGAUAAGCCUUAUAACCCUGGGUAUCAAGUGGCGUAUGGGAUAGUGGCUGAAGUCGAUGGACACCCGUUUGAUGUGGACAAGAUGGUGUUCAUGGACUGGAGAGAUAAGCAUCUUGAUCCGUACCCUGAGGUUAAAGAACGGAACAGCAAGAUCCCUACGUUCUUGUACGCAAUGCCGUUUUCUUCCAACAGAAUAUUUCUUGAAGAGACGUCUCUGGUUGCUAGGCCGGGCUUGAGGAUGGAAGACAUCCAAGAGAGAAUGGUUGCUAGGCUUAAACAUUUGGAUAUCAACGUGAAAAGGAUUGAAGAAGACGAGCGUUGUGUGAUCCCCAUGGGAGGUCCUUUACCGGUCUUGCCUCAGCGUGUAGUCGGCAUUGGAGGUACGGCGGGGAUGGUGCAUCCUUCUACAGGUUACAUGGUGGCUAGGACUCUUGCGGCUGCGCCGAUAGUUGCAAACGCUAUAGUGAGGUACCUUGGUUCUACUAAAGGAGAUCAGCUAUCGGCUGAGGUGUGGAGAGACUUGUGGCCUAUAGAGAGGAGGAGACAGAGGGAGUUCUUCUGUUUUGGGAUGGAUAUACUGCUGAAGCUUGAUUUGGAUGCUACUAGGAGGUUCUUUGAUGCGUUCUUUGACCUGGAGCCGCGUUACUGGCAUGGUUUCUUGUCGUCGAGGCUGUUUCUUCCGGACCUGGUGUUCUUUGGGUUGUCGCUCUUCUCGCAUGCUUCUAAUACCUCGAGGUUGGAGAUCAUGACUAAGGGAACUGUUCCUCUUGCUAAGAUGAUCAACAAUCUGGUAAAAGAUAGAGACUAAAAGGACCAGAUUAACUGGAUUAUCUGCAACUGCAUGCUCUUCUUGGAUAGUUGUGUAUACCAUAGCCUGAAUUCUUGCGAGAAUAUAAGAAUCUUAUUAGUUAUUUAAUCUUCAUCAAAAUGUGUUGUUGCAUUUGAA